CUGACACGCAAACUGAAACACGUUUUGCGCAUGCUCAGUCGGAUCAGCUGUUGGUCCGUUGCUCUGUGAGAACCUGAGAAACUGAGCCACUUUUGUUUAUUUGUUUGUUUGUUAUUUUCUCCGGUAAACACGAUGGCUGGCACAGCGCUCAAGAGACUUAUGGCCGAGUACAAACAGCUGACCUUGAACCCACCUGAGGGCAUCGUGGCAGGUCCAGUGAACGAGGAGAACUUCUUCGAGUGGGAGGCUCUCAUCAUGGGUCCUCAGGACACGUGCUUCGAAGGCGGAGUGUUUCCAGCCAUCCUCAGCUUCCCCUCCGAUUACCCCCUCAGUCCUCCAAAGAUGAGGUUCACCUGCGACAUGUUUCACCCCAACAUCUAUCCGGACGGUCGGGUCUGUAUCUCCAUCCUCCAUGCUCCGGGCGACGAUCCGAUGGGAUAUGAGAGUAGUGCAGAGAGGUGGAGUCCGGUCCAGAGUGUAGAGAAGAUCCUGCUGUCUGUGGUCAGCAUGCUGGCAGAGCCCAACGAUGAGAGCGGAGCGAACGUCGAUGCCUCCAAGAUGUGGCGGGAAGAUCGAGAGCAGUUCAACAAACUCGCCCAGAAGAUCGUACGCAAGUCUCUGGGCCUGUAGAGAUGAUGUCAUCAGCCUGCGCCCUGUGUGUGUGUGUGUGUGUGUGUGUGUGUGUGUGUGUGUGUGUGUGUGUGUGUGUGUGUGUGUGUGUGUACAGCAGAAACAAAUGGCAUGGACAGACACACAUACACAGGGCGCUCAGUAUGGACAGAUCAAUACAUAAACUGAUGGAUGGAAGCCGAUCAAAGGACACAAACCAAACGCGAUGACAUCACCACCACCUUCACUCCGACAGCAGCAGCAGAAACGGCGCCGCCGCCGCCAUACCUCGUCCGUCUCCUCUGCAGGACAAUAUUUAUCAAUAAAUUCAUGAAAAGAUCAAUUUAAACUUUGUUUGUAUAGGAUAGAAAUGAUGUUUUACCUGAAGCUGUUGUCCCAUAGCGCCCCCUGCUGUGCCGCCUGGUGCUGUCAGUGUACAGUCGUCGACACAGAGGGGAGCCGGUCUGAUGUCCAGGAAGUUUCUCAUCAUUCCGAUCUGGUUUAAAGUUCAGGGAUUCAGACUGCUGACGGAUCGAAAGAGUCCUGCAACCGCAGUACCCCGCCCCGCCCCGACUCCUGCUUCCUGUUUCUGUUCGUUUGCUGCUGUUGGCGAGAAAUCGUUUCUGAUCUGACUGGUUGAUAAACGUGGACUCGGACUGGACGUCCGGUCGGACGGAAGCACGCCGGCUUCUCUCAGCAGGACUUCAUGCACUUUAUGUCUUCCUGAAGGAGGACGUCGCGAUGGUUCAGCUCGCUGAGGAGCUGACGGGAGCACAGAGCUUUAGUUUGAAGGGUUUCUUUGAAUUUGUCUGAUUUAACAAACGAUUAAUAAAAAAUACCAAGAGCA